GUGUGAGAGAGGCUCUUGGCUGAAAUAAGUGUUUUGAGAAAUAUUUAAUAAAAUCAUACGUGUGGUUUGAUGAAAACAGACAUCGAUUUUUUUUGUGCAUUUGUUGUUUAAUUCAUUGGUAUGAUUUGUAAAUUUGAGAAUUUGAAAAGAAGUAUGGCUUUAAAAUAUCAAAAAUUGAGAGUGGUGCUUCUUGAUUGACAUUGUACUUCUACAUAUCUUUAUUCUGACAUUUCUUGCCCGUAACAGUAUUAAGAUAAUUCAUUAUGGGUAUAUGUCUACAACUGAAACUUUUAUUGUGGAAAAACUUUACUUUAAAAAAGAGAAAACCGGUUGUACUUGUUUUUGAGCUGUUUAUUCCCCUUGUCUUGUUCUUCAUUUUACUGGGAAUAAGGAGAAAACAACCAGCGUAUCCUGUAAAAUCUUCAAACUUUUCUCCAUAUCCAUUACCCUCAGCUGGUGUGAUUGCUAUAAUGCAAGCAUUUUGUGAUAAUGGCAUCCAGUCUGAUGAUGGUUUUCCUCAUUUCCCAAACAGCACUGUUACAGAGUUUCUUCAAAAAUUGAAUAAUAUUUCACAGAAGAACAACUUUUUUCAACCAGAUUUUACUCCAAAUGAUAUGGAUGAAAUUCCACUUAUUUAUAAAUCAAUUGUUGAGGAUCCUGUUGCUGUUCAUGACAGUUUUAGUAAAGCAGCAGAUAUGCGUGUUGGGGAUAUGAUGUACAACCAAAGUGAAUUUGUGAAUAUUAUGGUAUCUAAUUUUUCUCUACCAAGAAAUGAUUUAGAAACAUUCCUUAAUUCUUCGUUAGAUGCUGAAAAGGUGUAUACAUUAUUGUUCGGACAAAUUUCCGAGAAAGGAACCGAAAUCAAUAAAGUUAGGGAUGCUGCAUAUGCUUCAGUUUUUGCCAAUGAAGAACUUGCCGAUCCUUUAUUUAUUAUGUCUGAUUCUCACAUCUCUAAUGCUAUAGGAGAGCCUUCCUUACAGCAUUUGUAUGAUUUACUAGCAUAUCUUGAAAAACAUAAAAGUAGAUUUAAAGUUAUUUGGAACGUAGUUGAAAAGAUUUUUGAUUCACAAUCAAAUACGUCUUUUACUGACAGUGAUAUGAAUGCAAUUGCUGAAGAAUUAAAAAGUAUUAUUUUAUCACCUUCUGGUCUCAGAGAAUUGAUGUGUAUGGAAAAUGGUCUUCCAUCAGUUUUGAUACAUGAAAACAUCACAAUUGUUAACAAAACUUUACAUUUGCAGUCUUCUUUUUGCAAUAUGAAUAAGUCAACCAUGCAGGAAGUAUCUGAUCAGUUACAAAUGUUCCUGGAUGUUGAGAAACUCAGGGAAAUAGUGCAUUUAGAUGACUGGAAUAUAACACUUGCCCAACAAAGGCUGAAGAAGUUAGCAGAUGAUCUUGUCAAGUUUAAUGAAUUUGAGGUAGCACUGAAACAGCUAAGUGGUUUAGCAUCAUCCUUGCCACAAGAUGCAUGUCAUUCUUUAAAUGACACUGCUACUAGUAAUGAGACUUCAUCUGAAAUUCAAGAUGAUGAUCGCAUAAGUGAUCAUCCAAAAAAAGCUGCACGUUCUAAUCCACAAUAUGGUUUGUUGAGAAUUUGGCUUGGUAUGCAAAAAACAAUAUGUGGAAAAGAGGGCAAUUUCCCUAAUAGCCUGCCAGAUGAUGGAGAAGUAGACCUAGAUAAGCUGGGAAUGUCAAAAUAUCAGCAGGAACAGAUAGGCAUUUUAGUUCAUGUCCUUUAUAGCAAUCCAAGAGUUUUAUAUGCACCUAAUAAUACAGAUGCUGAUGAGAUCAUUACAAAAGCUAAUGAAACAUUUGAAUUGUUGGAUACUGUUACACAGUAUGCUCAGAAAAUGUUAAACAUAUCUGAAGAAAUUAGAAUUUUCCUAGCCGAAAACAGUACCGAUCAUUCACUUGCUGUAUUAAAGCAGAUUCAUCAGAACUUCAAGAAAUAUCCAUUGUUUCUAGAAUUAUUCCACAGUUUGGCUUUGGAAGAAUUUGCGGCCAGUUCUGUUAUUAUUGACAAAGAUGUUUUUCUGCAACAGUUGGAUUCCAUAGACAAUGCUGCUUGUAGUUGGAUUUCUUUGAUGUCUGGGCUUAGUCUGAACAUGUUUCAGGGAUUUAGAAAUGAAGAAGAUUUACUUACAUAUUUUAAGCAUGAAGCCUAUUUUGAUAAUGUAACGGUUCUUGCAAGCGUUAUCUUUAAUAUGACUGAAGAUGGGUCUAUGCCUAAUCAUAUGACAUAUAAAAUCAGACAGAAUGCCUCAUUUACAACAACAACUAAUCUUGUUCGUAGCAGAUUCUGGUUUCCAGGGCCAAGAAACUGGGGAUAUGGAUAUUACCAGUUUGGUUUUGUAUGGAUUCAGGAUGUUCUUGAGCGUGCAAUGAUUAGUAUAUAUGCUGGUAGAGACGUCGUCGAGCCAGGAAGUUACAUUCAUCAAUUUCCGUAUCCUUGUUAUAUACAAGAUCAGUUCUUGUUUAUGAUUGAACAUGUUAUGCCUCUGUGUCUGGCCAUAUCAUGGGUAUAUUCUGUUGCUAUGUUAGUGCAGAAUAUUGUUUAUGAAAAAGAACAAAGAUUAAAAGAGGUUAUGAAAACGAUGGGUUUAAAUAGUGCUGUGCAUUGGCUUGCUUGGUUUAUCACAAGCUUUCUACAAAUGACUAUAACUGCGGCUAUUUUGACUGUGAUCUUAAAAUAUGGCCUAGUACUGACUUACAGCAAUCCUGUAUUGAUAUUUCUAAUGUUAGAAAUAUUUGUCAUAGCAAACAUAGCUUUCUCGUUUUUAGUUAGUGUUCUUUAUUCAAAAGCAAAAUUAGCAGCUGCUUGUGCUGGUAUAAUUUAUUUCCUUACAUACGUGCCAUAUAUGUACAUAGCUGUUCGUGAAGAAGCUGCACAUGAUCAUAUCCCUGUAUGGCUCAAGAGCUUAGCUUCUUUGUUAUCUACCACAGCAUUUGGUCUUGGAGCAAAAUAUUUUGCAUUUUAUGAAGAAGUUGGUGUUGGAGUGCAGUGGUCUAAUAUUGCCAUCUCACCUGUUGAAGAUGAUGAAUACAGUCUGCUGAGUGUUGCUAUCAUGAUGAUGACUGAUGCUGUCUUGUACUCUAUCUUAGUAUGGUACAUUGAAAAUGUUCAUCCAGGAUCAUAUGGACUACCUAAACCUUGGUAUUUUCCAUUUACCAAAACAUACUGGUUUGGUAGUUCUAGAUCAUAUGUCUACUGUGGCUGUUUUAGUGAAUUUUGGCAUUGUAUUUGGAAUCGUAAGAAAUGGGGCCUGUCUGUUAUUGAAAAUGACCAAGCAUGUGUAAUGACUAAUCGUACAACUGAUUCUCAGUAUUUUGAACAAGAUCCAUCUAACCUACCAUUAGGUGUCUGCAUUGAAAAUUUAGUAAAAGUGUACAAAUCAGGAAAUAAAGUUGCUGUUAAUAAACUGAGUUUGAACUUGUAUGAGAACCAAAUAACGUCUUUCCUUGGACAUAAUGGAGCUGGUAAAACAACAACAAUGUCUAUUUUAACUGGUCUUUUUCCACCAUCAUCUGGUUAUGCAAUAAUUUAUGGGCAUGAUAUACGAACAGAGAUGGAUAUUAUACGCCAGAGUAUGGGAAUGUGUCCUCAGCAUAAUGUUUUAUUUGAAGAACUGACAGUUGAGGAACACUUAUGGUUUUAUGCAAGUUUGAAAUCAACCCAAAGAAAUGAUUUAACCGAAGAAAUGGACAAAAUGAUACAAGAUUUGAAUCUUCCUCUGAAGCGUCACAGUAAAGUGAAGGUGUUAUCUGGGGGCAUGAAAAGAAAGUUAUCUGUUGCAAUUGCAUUUGUUGGAGGAUCAAGAGUAGUUAUUUUAGAUGAGCCUACAGCUGGUGUUGAUCCUUAUUCUAGGAGAGCUAUAUGGGAUUUAAUACUGAAAUAUAAAAAUGGAAGGACAAUUUUGCUAUCUACACAUCACAUGGAUGAAGCCGAUGUGCUCGGAGAUCGUAUAGCGAUAAUUUCUAAUGGACAGCUACGUUGUUGUGGCACCCCAUUAUUUUUGAAAAAUAAUCUUGGAGAUGGUUAUCAUUUGUACAUUGUCAAACAGCAGGCUGAAGCCAGUUUUGAUAACGGUAAA